CAUUACACAGAACACUCACGUUCAUUCACCCCUCACCCAGCGCCACAAACUCUCCCUCCAAUCCAGACCUCCUCACAGCCCCGUCGUCCUCCCUCUCCUCCGUCUACCGCCGGACAACAGUAACUCAUACCAGCGGCCUUUUUCUCUCCCUCUCCUUUCCUCGUAGCACCUCUCUCUCUCUCUCCGUCGUCCUCCACGGCUCCACGCAGCAGCAGGCCAGAGCAGCACGCACCAGUACCCCCGCGUAUCGCCCUCCACUCCACCGUCGCUCAAGCUUCAAGGUCUCGCAGCCCCUUCCAUCCGCGCAGUCCCUGUUUUCGCAGUCCAGCCCCGCCGUGUCGUCCUCCCUGCACUGUCUGUUUUUCUAGAACGGAGCCCUAGAGUGGUAAAGAUGGCAUUGAGCAUGAAGAUAAAUUCCACAAAGAUUAGUUGUCAGUGAUGGAGCAUGGGUCACACUCUGAUCAGAGUAAAUCAACUUUUUCUCUGGCAGAUGAGGAUCAUACAUUUGCAAAUUCUAUGAGAUUCACAUUAAAUCAAGAUCCAAGAGUUACAUUUUGUGGGUACAGCAUUCCUCAUCCGUCAGAUAACCGCGUUAACAUCAGAGUCCAGACAACAGGGGAUCCGGCACGAGAAGUUUUAAAGGAUGCAUGUCAAGAUCUGAUGCUUAUCUGCCAACAUGUAAGGAGCACUUUUGAUAAGGCUAUCAGUGAUUUCAAAAAGAGCGAGACUGUAGAGAUUGAUGAUUCUGAAUAGUAGUAUUUUCUAGUUAUAUACUUGGUUGUUAUUCUGUGGUUUGUUGAUUCCCCACUGUGUAUGGUUGGUAUCAAAAGUUCAUUAAUAUAAAAGCCGGUUUUGCUUUCAAUGAUGAUGUGUUGGAGACAAGACAAGGGACCUUCUAUUCCUAUUUGUUACUUUGGUUAAUACACUAGUCUUUUAAUUUUUCUUUAGCAAAUUAAUGACUUUUGAUUUAGAACUAGUUUUACACCAAUAGUUGUACAAAAGGUCUCUUGGUUAUCAACCAUGUUUGCCUUUGCUUCUC